AUGAUUUUGUGCAUAUUUACUAUGCUGAUAGCUUGUGGUGUAUUUGGUUAUAGUUUGAAUUCCAUAGGUAUGAUUUUAAUGGAUUUUAAUAGCAGAGAAAAGGAAAUUAAAGAUAAUUUGUUUACAAUUAACAAUUAUAUGGAUCAAAAAAAUGUGAAUUAAGAUUUAUAAUAUAAGAUAAGGUAGUACUUAGAUUUUUAUUGGAGAGAAAUGAAGAAUUCUAAUAUUGAAAAAGAAGAAAAAAUAAUUUCUUAGCUCUCUGAUUUACUUAGAGAUGAGUUACUCUUGGAAGCUAACAAAUUUAUUUUAAAAGAAUCACCCAUUUUUAGCAGUAACUUUACAGAUUUUAUGAUAAUGAGAACAGUGAAGCUGAUCCACGAGUACCGCUGUGCUCCUAAAGAGGUAAUAUGUUUUGAGGAUUAGCAAGACGAUUGCUCGAUUUACUUUAUCUAAAAAGGGGAGGUAGACAUAAUAAUAGAUUCUAUUGAGUCUUUAGAAAAUAAUAGUACGUCUUCUGCAUCUAGUUAAAAUAAAGCAUUUUAAAGUAAAACAAAGGUUUUACAAAGUUUGAAAAAAGGAGAUCACUUUGGAGGAGUUAGUUUUUUCACUGGGUAACCUAGGAGGUAUUCCAUUUGCUCAAAAGAAUUUACUACGUUACUGAUGAUCAAAAGACAAGAUUUUAUCGAGUUGCUCACAAAAGAAUCUCCAGAGGAUUAUGAAAUGUUUUGUGCUAUAAAAGACAGCAUAUUAAAUUAUAAUAACUAUUCUUAACUUAAUAUUUAAUGUUUCGCUUGUUAAAGUGAAAGCCAUCUGAUGGGAGAGUGUCCUUUAAUCCACUUUAUUGCAAAUAAGUAGUUUUUGAUCAGGAAACUUUAAUUUUCACCUCCUUAAGAUUCUUUGCGAACUUACUUAAGAAAAAAGUUGAAAUUCAAAACAUUAUUGAAAUUGAAUUUUGUACAGAAAAGGAUAGCUAAAUUCUGUGAUUUCGAUGAAAAGGAAGGAGAAAGGCUUUUGGAUUAGUAUGAAUAAGAGUAUGGAAUUGAAAGCAUGUCUUCAGAAUCUUCUAGAUAAUCUAGCUCUGAUUGCGAACCAAGCAAUAACCGAAUGAAUAAAUCUAUGGCUUCUGAAAAAUCUGAAAGAGUAUCAGUUACCUCAAUCAAUAAAAGAAACUCACAAAAACUGUAAAAUGGUAUAUAUAAUGAUUAAAAAAGCCAAGAUGAAAUAUCAGACAACAGCUAAAAUGUAUUAUAGGUUAACGAUUAAAACCACAAUUUCAUUUACUCCCAAAAAUUCAACACUAAUUAGUUUAAAAGUGGGGGCUCUAGUGGAAAGAUUUCACAAAAAAACCCUUCAAGUGAAAAUGUUUUGGAAGAAUCUGAUUAUAAUAAAGUUAAAAUUGGAGAACAUCUGCUAUAUGGUAGUGAUGCAUACUUACAAAAUACUAACACUCAGCUAGGUAAAAGUUUCAAAAAUUUUGAGGAUAAAGGAAAUUUAAGUUAUUAAAAAUCCAGUUCAUUUCAUUCAAAAUAUUAGAGCAAAAUGAAUACCUUAUAUCAACUAUCGAUUGGUUCUUCAGGCAGCUAAAAUUAGUUUAUGGGAUUAGGAAUCAAUGAUCUUUCUGAAUAACUCCUAAAUGAAAACAAGAAUAGCUACAAAACAAAAUCAAUUGCAAGGAACAGCACUCACUCUAAAUCCAUGCACGGUAGCAAUAAAAAUGAGUACGACGCAUUAAAUAAUGAGAUGAGGUAUAUAGAUGAUGGCAUACUAAAUCAAAAUGUGAGUAUCUAAUAUCAAAUGAUAUCAGAAAAGCUUGGUAAAUAGAUUUUAGAUAUCUAGUUAAAUUAGUAACUAAGCGAGGAUUAGAAGUUUAAUCAAAUAAAUGCAAUUAAUUCUAUUUUAGAGAACCUUAAAUUUAAUAAUAAUUCAGAACCAGAUAGAAUAGGUACUUAGAUAUUUAAAAUAAAUGAAACUAGAAAAUAGUCAUUAACAUCCAGCUAAAUUAAGUACAAUGUCAAAAAGGUUGAGAGUUUAUUCAAUUAUUUGUUUUCUGAAAAAAAAGACAAUUCCUAAGAGAAAUCAUAGCAAUAAAUGAAAGAUUAGCGGUUAAAAGAUUAAGAGGAAUUAUAGCUAAAACAACAAAGAAGAAACACUAAAAAAAAUAUGCAAAAUGAUUUAGUUGAAAAUAAUCAAAAGGUGAAAAAAAGCUAAAUAGAUCUAGAAUUUGAAAGUAAAAAAUCUUUCUAUCAAUACUUCCCUCACAAUAAUUGUGAGAGAGUUAUUUUGAUAGCUAAUAUGACCUAAAUUGAACGAAGAAAAAAGCUUAACAAAAUAGUUAUAAGCAAAAAGAUGAAUAAAGUUGAGAGAAAAUAGAAUAAAAAAAAUACUAGAAUGAUAGGUAAUUAAUCGAAAUUUAAUAAAUUACUCAAUUCUUUCUAAAAUCAAACUGAGUAAGAUGAAGAAGAUAUUAAAGAUUGUAUGUCGACUAAAAGAAAAUAGAGUUAUGGAUAUAAGAGAAAAUAGUCUUAAUUUGCAUAAUAAUAAAAUGAUACAAAAUUAGAAAAAAGUUAGGAGUCAUAUUUCUCUUAAUAAUACAAUAAUGAUAAAAAUUAACAGAUUAUAAAUGAUGAACAUAUUGAAGGUUCUGAACUAAAUUGUGUUCUCGCAGAAUCUAAAUAAUAUUCAUUCAAAACCAAUAACUAAGAAGGAUAAGCAGAAAAAAAUUGUGAGGACCAAUCAAAUAAUUAAAUUGAUUUUCAUAGCGAUUGUGAAAAGAAUUAGUAAUAAUCUCCUUUUUCUGAUGAUUCCAAAAAAGAAAAUUCUAAAAAAUUUGAAUUUGUAUUAGAUGAACAAAUAGAAAACAAAUAAUAUGAAACCAAAUAAUAAAGUAAUUUAUUAUAAUUCUAAAGGACCAUGGGAAAAAAAAAACUAUCAGAAAUACCAGAAAAUGAGUGUCCUAGCUCAUAUAUUGAAACAAAUAGUCAAUUAAUGUUAAAUUCGAAACAUUUAAUUCAUAAUAGUAUUUAAAGAGGUUUUACGGAUAGUAGUUAAGAAUAAUAAUUAGCAGGUAAUUCUAUGUUUUAAUCAAGGUAAGAAUCAUAAAACGGUCAGUUUGGCAGUAAAAGGCCUAGCUAUUUCUUAAACUAAGAAAUAUUUAAUAUUCAAUAAAAUCAAGGUCAUUCCCAUGAAAGUAUUGAUAAAGCUAGCUCUAAAACACUUUAAAAGCCUAGCUUAAACAAUAUUGACAUAGGGCAUAAAUCCCUUCUAUUUGAUAACAUUGAUUAAUGGUAUAUUGGUCAUAGCAAAGAUGACUGUAUUAAUCCCAUAUUUAACAUGAAUAUUGAUUUGAACGAAGUAAAGAAAUACCAUAAAUGGGAUUAAAAUGACUUUAAGAUAAAAUAUAUUUGA